UCCCUGCCGCCCCGCCCCCGGGGAGAAGUCUCCGGCUCGGAACGGGCUGCCACAGCCGAACGGCCGGAGGGCGCCAGGCGGGAGCUCGAGGCCGAUGCCGGGCGCAGCAUGACCGCCAUCGCGGUGCAGGCCCAGAGGCUGCUGGCCCAUAGGAUGCCCCACCGGUCCUUCUUCGAAUCCUUCAUUCGGACCCUCAUCAUCGCGUGUGCUGCCCUGGCUGUGGUCCUUUCCUCCAUCGCCAUCUGUGAUGGCCACUGGCUCCUGGCUGAGGACCGCCUCUUUGGGCUGUGGCAUUUCUGCACCACCUCCAACCAGACUGGUCUACUCUGCCUCAGGGACCUGAGUCAGGCCCGUGUGCCUGGGCUGGCCACGGGCAUGGUUCUAGCCCGCAGCACGGGCGCCUUGGCUGUGGUGGCCGCCAUUUUUGGCCUGGAGCUCCUCAUGGUGUCUCAGGUGUGUGAGGACCUCCACGCACGUCGCAAGUGGGCCAUGGGCUCUGUCCUGCUCCUUGUCUCGUUCGUCCUCUCCUCUGGGGGGCUUCUGAGCUUUGUGGUCCUCCUCAGGAACCAGAUCAUGCUCACUGGCCUCACCUUGAUGUUCUGGUGUGAGUUCACCUCCUGCUUUCUCUUCUUCCUGAAUGCCAUCAGCGGCCUCCACAUCAACAGCAUCACCCAUCCCUGGGGCCAACCAAGGAAAUUUUAAACACCCCCCCUCACCCCAAGGAACUCAGAUUCUACAAGAUCAGCAUGGGACUUUUCCAAAUGUGACUUCUGGUGGGGGAAGGGGUGGGACAAUGACCUUGAAACUGUUGCCUCUUAGCCAAUAAUCUUUGGGUGGUUGUCCAGAAAUGGUACAGGGCCCUUUGCAGCUGGUCUGCUGGGCCAGACACCAAGAGAGUGCUUCAGUGCUACCAGCUGCGCAGACUUAGCCAAGUUUAUUAGGAUGUUGAUUUUAGAAGAAGAAACAAUUUUAAAACUUCUUCUUGAGUCCUUCUUCCCAGGAAGGGAAUAGACUUAGAAGCAGCUUGAGUAACUGAUGCCCAGGACGGUUGCACAGCCAAGUUGAGGUUCACACCUGUUUUAUUGACUCAGCUGGCAUAUGGGCUGUAGGGUUCCUGGGCCUCCUAGGGUUGCUGACUGGGUUGUUCUUCCAGCUAAGAGUGCAGUCAGUGUCUAGAACUUCCACCAGCUCAGGAGACCUUUGUCCACAUUGACCUGCUUUCCCUACAGUCAUGCUGGUGGUGGGGUCGGUGGGGUGGGCAGAGUUCAGGCUUCCUUCAAAAUUUUUUGCACAUAGUAGGUAUAAACAAUUUUAUGUGACUUGAUGCCUGCCAUUUACAGACUCUCUAACCCCUGGAUAACCCCAGGUUCCAGUAGCUGCUUGUCCCUUUAGGGACUUGCCUUAACUCUUGAAGAGUUUUUGAGCAAGCCUCCAGGGGGCCCACCUGCCUUCUAACACAAAAUGCUCCCUUAGGUGAGCAUGUUUGGGUGUUUGCAUGUCCUUCUUUGGAAAGGGUCAGAUGGCCUUAAGGUACCAUUUUUGAUCCUAGAACACAUUUCAAAGAGCACAAAAUUGGACCUGCUAGACUCCAGGGGGUAAAGGGUGGACCUUGGGUGAUGAUUAACAACCAUCCUGGGGAUGGAUGCAGGUGAAGGGGACCAGUAACCAGUGGAGAUUUCCAUCCUUACCAGGAUAUCUGCAUUUUCAUACAUGAAAUUGCCCCCUUUGCAGCCCCUUUUCUGCCCAGUAAGGUGAAGUUGUCCUCAGCACAUCUCAUUCUACCCUAGCCCCUUCGCCCUCCCCCAACUGAUGAAUUCUGGCCUUCAUUCUGGCUGCUGCUGAGCACAUGGGUUUUUGGUCUCUGCUGUGCCCUAUCACUGUAGGUCCCCUUCCUGGGCUGGGUGCCUAUACCUACCUCUUGUGUUUUUUUAAAGACUUAUUCCAAGCUGUGUGGAGUCCAUGGGGAUCACUUGAGAAAGGUGUGGACCAGUCAGUUUUUCAGAGAACAGAGCUCAUCAACCACACAGGCUGGGUUCCUAGCCCUGGAAAGUGGGCACCUGGUCUUUCACUCCAGAGUAUACAAGCUGUAAAGGGGAGGCCUCCUGUCUCUGCAGGGGGAGGUGCAGAGGCGGGGCCCAGAGAGGGACAGUACUUGUCCAGUGUCACAGAAAGCCAUGACUAGAGCUGGGCCCACCCACCAGCGAGGUGCCCUUUCCUCUAUGCUGGGGGAAGAGACAUCUCUGUUUCUGUUGUCUAGGAUGCUUUCACCAGAGCACUAGUAGGCUCUGUUUUACAAAAGGAUUCAAAUAUUUAGUUCUCUUUAAUCCUCAUGUGGCUGGCAGGGAGGGAGUAGUGAUUUUCAAGGGAACUGAGAUUAAAGGGUGGGGUUAAAAUCCCCACUGGGGCAAGGGGAAAGGCAGUCCCCAUAACACAGACACUGCUUGGGAGCAUGGGGAUUUGAAACCAAAGCUCUGGACUGAAAUUCUGCCAUUUCCUUCCUUGGGAAAGUCACAGGACCUUGGUGAACUUAUCAUUGUUCCAUCAAAUGGGAUCAUGUCUCAUUUCCUCCUUACCUGCUUCUAGGGCUGCAGCUAACAGAGAAAAAGCAGUAAGAACAGAGGGGUGCCUCAUACUGUGUUAGGGUUACCAAAAGGCAGCUGGGGCUCUUGGGCUGUCCUGACUGCCUCUGACUUGAUCAGAUUAAUUCAGCUGUUGUCUUGAAGGCUCGGGUGAGAGCUACUGGACAGGGAAUUGCAGCGAUGGGAGGGGAGGGUCCUCCUAGGACCCUAGCAGGGGGUCAGGAAAGCCCCAUCCUCCUCUAGAAAGGGGUAGGAAACUGAACCAGAGCAACCUCUUUCACUCUGUGUUUCAAGGUCGAGAAGAGUGACAAAUACAGACAAAAUCUCACCCAGCUACCAUAUAUUUCCCU